CGGUCGCUCACAAGGCAGUGCCGUGGCGCGACAGAUGCAAAAUGGCCGUGUUUUCUUCGCACGAAGACGAAAUUUUAAUAGAAUUAGUUAGUAAAAACGCACCUUUAUUCGAUACGAGGCUUCAAGCUUAUAAAGAUAAUACUGUGAGAGACAAUAUUUGGGAAGAAAUUGGAAAAGCGUUGAAUAAAACAAUUAAAACGCGUCGUGAUGGAAUACAACCGUUUAGUUUAGUAACUGCAAGCAUACUGAGUUUCGUAUGGGUCGCACGACUCGUGUCGCGUAGAUUCGUAGGUAGCUGUCGUCCUGCGACCUGCGACUGGUUGCCGGUCGCGGUCUCGAGUCGCGGUCUCGCGUCGCGGUCGUCUUGAUCCGAAUGCUACCUUUAGGGCUAAG